AUGGACAGCAAUAGUUCAGAUCUUUUUAAUAAAUGUGUUUCACCAUGGUUCGGUGCUAUGUGCCAAUAUAAAUUUGCAGAAGAUCUACCGUCUUCAUUUAGUAGAAUUGUGAUGGACACUUUCAAUCGCUACGCAACAUUUGAAGGCUUUGUCACGAUUCGUUCUUGCUAUCAACUUUUAAACAAUUGCCAAACAGAAUAUUGGUCUCGAUGUCUUGAUUGGCGUGAGAUCUGUGAUGGAAAAACUGAUUGUAUAAAUGGAGAAGAUGAACAAUCGUGCAACCAAUUAGAUAUAACUGAAUGUACUGUUCAUGAAUAUCGAUGUCAUUAUGGUGGUCAAUGUAUUCCGUUGGCAUUCUUCAAAGACAGUAAACUCAGUAUGGAUUGUCUAGAUGGAAGUGAUGAGGAAGACGACAGUGUACGGUAUGGUACAUUGAUCAAUCCACAUUGUUUAUACGUUUACACAUUUCGUUGUGAGGAACGUACUGGGAGAUAUCCUUUGACAUUUCCAUGUGGUUACGGUUCCUAUUUACAAUCAUUCGAUUUGCCUAAUCGGAAGAGUGUUUGUCCAAAUCGACGGGAUCUAGAAUUUUCUAUUUCUAUACUUACGUCGUUCAAUAAUGUAAAUGACAUUAAAUGUCAAGAAGCAUUUUACUGUGCCAUUUAUCCAAGUAUACCAUCAUCUAAAAGUAAGGAUGCAAAAAAGCAUGAAACAUGA